AUGUCCACCUACUUUGUCUACCUCACUGGAGUCGUCCAUGCAGAGUACAGGGGCAACGAGGCUUUUCAUGUAAUUGCAGGACCUAUGGAUGUGGUGGAGAACAUAUUGACUACAGUUCUUAUAGAGAGCAUAAGCAACGGGAUCGGGAAGUUGAAGAGGUUGAACAGUAUUCGACAUCGAGAUGACUGGCCGUCAGCGACCGUUGAAAAUUUAAUGGAACGUGUCUUUGCUGAGACACUGAAAGUGGGCCCUUUGCAUUUCCUGGAGGAUGCUCAAUCAAAUGGAAUCUGGAGCAGAUGGAAGAUAGAAGAGGGUAGGGAGGAGGGUAGGGGCAAAGGCAUCGAAGAGAGCAAAAGCAUUAAUGUGGCUAAUUCCCCUCCGCUCUCUGCUUCCAUCAUUGGUGACUCUCCCAUUACAUCUUCUGCUUCCCUCGUUGGUGGCUCUGAUCCAGCCAUUACAUCCUCUGCUUCCCUCGUUGGCGGCUCUGAUCCAGCUGUCACAUCCUCUGCUUUCCUCGCUCUCAGGAGUACACAACACUUCUUACUGGACAUCGAGCUUCAGUUGCAUAUCCAAGCAGUCUCCGAGUGGUUUGACAAGGGGAUGAAUUCCGCAGUGAAUAGCAAACAAGCUUUCGAGGCAUCAGUGCAAUUGCGGGAGGAAGAGCGAUGGUUUUUGGAGAUAAUUGACCUCGUCACUGGCAUGGGUCCAUGGUCGAUGGAUUCUGCAGCUCACCUAUUGCAAAAUGCAAUGAUGCAACGGUUAACGGAGCAGCACGAGCAGCUGAAAAUGAGACGAUUGCAAGUCGAGGGACUUGUAUCUGACAUUAUGAUGACUUCUAGCGUUCGUGUUGUGGAUAUCGGUGAGUAA